CUAAGCAUACACACAGCGCUAAUCCCUCUCUCUCUACUUUCUCUCCCUAAAAUCAGUGGCAGCUCAGCUUUCAUUUUCUACUCCUCCUCCCCUAUAUAUACUCACCAACCACUUCACCCUUUGCCCAACUCGUAGUCUUCGUUUUUGACUGUCUCAUUUACCCCAUUUCACCAUUUUUACCACAACCCAAGUUACUUUCCUAUAAAUUUGGAGCUUUUCUGGUGCUUUGAGCAUUUCCCAUCACGUCAUUUUUUCUGGGUUUUCUCCGUUUUCGAGUUUGAUCAGCAGCCAUGAACGCCCUCGCAGCAACAAGCCGCAAUUUCAAAAACGCCGCGCGUAUUCUGGGACUCGAUGCUAAAAUUGAGAAGAGUCUCUUGAUCCCCUUCAGAGAGAUCAAGGUGGAGUGCACAAUUCCUAAGGACGAUGGAAGCUUGGUGUCGUACGUUGGAUUCAGAGUGCAACAUGAUAAUGCACGUGGACCAAUGAAGGGAGGGAUCAGAUAUCAUCCUGAGGUUGAUCCGGAUGAAGUGAAUGCCCUGGCUCAGCUGAUGACCUGGAAGACUGCUGUGGCAGACAUUCCAUAUGGUGGAGCCAAGGGUGGAAUUGGAUGCACCCCAAGGGACUUAAGUAUGAGCGAGUUGGAGCGUCUGACUCGCGUCUUCACUCAGAAAAUCCAUGAUCUCAUUGGAAUUCAUACUGAUGUUCCCGCACCCGAUAUGGGCACCAAUGCUCAGACCAUGGCAUGGAUUUUGGAUGAGUACUCCAAAUUUCAUGGUCACUCACCAGCUGUUGUCACUGGAAAGCCCAUAGAUCUUGGGGGAUCACUAGGUAGGGAGGCUGCAACUGGACGCGGUGUUGUUUUUGGAACAGAAGCUUUACUUGCAGAAUAUGGGAAGUCAUGCAAGGGCUUGACUUUUGUUAUUCAGGGUUUCGGAAACGUGGGAUCCUGGGCAGCAAAGCUUAUACAUGAGAAAGGUGGUAAGGUCAUUGCUGUGAGUGACAUUACUGGUGCAGUUAAGAACCCGAAUGGACUUGAUAUCAUUGAGUUGGUUAAGCACAAGGAAAGCACUGGGAGUUUGUUAAAUUUCAGUGGCGGAGAUAACAUGGACCCUAAUGAGAUACUUAUACACGAAUGUGAUGUUCUCAUCCCUUCUGCUUUAGGUGGAGUUUUGAACAGGGAAAAUGCUUCAUCUGUGAGAGCAAAAUUCAUCGUUGAGGCAGCAAAUCACCCUACCGAUCCAGAAGCUGAUGAGAUAUUAUCCAAGAAAGGAGUUAUAAUACUCCCCGACAUAUAUGCAAAUGCUGGUGGUGUGACUGUUAGCUACUUUGAGUGGGUUCAGAACAUUCAAGGGUUUAUGUGGGAGGAAGAGAAAGUGAAUAACGAGCUUCAGAGGUACAUGACUCGGGCAUUUCAUAACAUCAAGAGCAUGUGCAAGACCUAUGAUUGUAAUCUCAGAAUGGGUGCCUUCACAUUGGGUGUAAACCGGGUUGCGCGCGCCACCAACUUAAGGGGUUGGGAAGCAUAAGGAGCUUCUUCUGUUAGCCUGUUGCAUUUCUUUUUUCCCCCUUUACAUAUAUAGUCAUAGCUGAAGAAGGCAGAUUUGAAGCUAUUCUUAGUUUACCUCCAAAUUUCUCGGCUCUCUUUUUCGGCGGUAACUGUUUGCAUUCAGAAUUUGUAUUUGAUUAGAGGGAUUGAUUUAUUAAGAAAAAAAAAUUCUGAUUUUUCUUGUU